CUGACAUACCGAGUGACGAUAUCUCACAAAUCGAAGAAAGCGUAAUGAGUAGGAUGCGCUCUUCGUAUAUAUAUAUAUAGUCCGUGCAAUGCAAUUAGGAGUUUGUAAUUAUUCAUCAAUUCAACCAAAAUGGCCACAACACAAACUGAAUUAAUUCCUCCUCCUCAGGUCCCACUUGGAACCCAAGGCUUUCAGGUUUCAAAAUUGGGUUUCGGGUGUAUGGGACUCACUGGAGCUUACAAUGAUCCUCUUCCUGAACAAGAUGGUAUUUCCGUAAUUAACUAUGCUUUCAGUAAAGGCGUUACUUUUUUUGAUACUGCUGAUAUCUAUGGAGGUAGUGGUGCUAAUGAAAUUUUACUUGGAAAGGCAUUAAAGCAAUUGCCCAGAGAAAAGAUCCAGUUGGCUACAAAAUUUGGUAUAUCUAGAAGAGACGUUUCUCGUCUCGCUGAUGUGACCAUCAAGGGUUCACCUGAGUACGUGCGCUCGUGUUGUGAAGCUAGCUUGAAACGUCUCGAUGUUGAAUACAUUGAUCUCUAUUAUCAGCACAGAAUUGAUACUUCUGUGUCUAUUGAGGAUACAGUAGGUGAACUUAAGAAACUGGUGGAAGAGGGAAAAGUUAAGUAUAUUGGACUAUCUGAAGCCAGCCCUGAUACAAUAAGGAGAGCGCAUGCUGUUCAUCCCAUCACUGCUGUACAAAUAGAGUGGUCUCUUUGGACUCGCGACAUUGAGGAGGAGAUAGUUCCUCUCUGCAGAGAGCUUGGUAUUGGAAUUGUACCAUAUAGUCCUCUUGGUCGUGGUUUCUUUGGUGGCAAAGGGGUUACGGAAAAUGUGCCUGCUGUUAGCUCCCUGACUUCUCAUCCCCGCUUCCAAGCUGAGAACUUGAACAAGAACAAAAACAUAUAUGAUAAGAUCGAAAGUCUUGGCAAAAAGCAUGGGUGCACUCCUGCUCAGUUAGCAUUAGCAUGGGUACUCCAACAAGGAAAGGAUGUUGUGCCUAUUCCCGGAACAACGAAGAUUAAGAAUCUGGAUCAAAACCUUGGUGCCUUAGCAGUGAAACUAUCAGAAGAGGACCUGAGAGAAAUUUCUGCAGCGGUUCCUGUGGAUGAUAUAGCAGGUAGUAGAUACUACAAUGGAUUUGAUCAUAUUUCCUGGAAGUUUGCUAACACACCUCCAAAAGUUUGAAGUGUCUCAACCUGAAGUAUAAAUCCCUUUUAGUUGGAGAAUGCAGUCAGUCAUGAAUAAAGCGCAGCAAUGAUUUCUUUAUUUGUAUUUAACUCUUUUAUGACCUGGCUGAACAAAUCAAGACCGGCUGUUCACAGUUGUUCUGCUGUUUUGAUUAGUAAAUAAAUAAUAAGGGAUUUCAAUCAUAUUCUCAUAGGAUUCCAUGUUGGAUGAAUGUGAAUGAAAUGUUUUUUUUUCUA